AUGCUGGCUCUCAAGCCGCCUGGCGUAUCCGGCUCAAAGAUUGGUGGCAUCACAAAUUUGUGCAAUGCCAACGUGCAGAACGAAUCAGUUCUCAUUCAGAAAAUUUACACUCACUUCAAGAAGGCCCCGGGCUCCCACAAGCUGGGUGUGCUCUAUGUGGUAGACUCAGUAACUCGGCAAUGGGUAGAGGCCGCGCGCAAGGCCGGUCAGGUUCCUGGCGGCGAUGCGCCUGAUGGAACCUUCGCUGCUGGUGUCAAGCGUGUCACUGAUCUCCUCCCCAUCCUGAUGACAGAUAUCAUCAAUAACGCUCCCCAUGACCAAAAGGACAAGAUCAAGAAGCUGGUUGACAUUUGGGAACGUGGUGUGACUUUCCCGACCCCGAUGCUCAUUUCAUUCAAGGAGAAAUUGAAUGCUGCUCAAAACGUCGAAUCGAACACCCCCGAAGGAUCCCCUGCGCCGAACGCCAACCCGAUCGGAAUCCCGCAACAGCCGGCAGCACCUGAUACCUCGAGCAUCCUGAAAGCUUUGGCCGAUAUGGCCAAGCAGAACACUACCGCGCCUGCUGCUCCUUCGUCCCUUGCGCCGGCCAACCCUAUGGGUGCUUUCAACUCGGCAUCUGUGACCCCUGCCAAUGAUCCGAGCUCGCACAUGGCUGCUGCUAUGAGUGCACUCGGCGCCGGUGGACCUGUCGCGCCUCCCUUCGCAGGUAUGCCCGGCAUGGGUCAGAACCCUGCUCUCCAGCCGCAGAGUCAGAGUGGAACUCCGAUCUCGAUGCCCGCCGCGAACCCGUUGACCGCAAUGCUUCCUCAGGCUGCGCAGCCUGCCGCACCCGAUUCGAACGCCAUGGCACAACAGCUCCAACUUCUUCAGAUGCUCGCUGCUCAGGGUAUCCCUCAGGACCAGUGGGGAACUGCUUUGCAGCUCUUCAGUAUGACCAACAAUGGUGGCAUGGGCGGUAUGCCGGGCAUGCCUGGUAUGCCUGCGAUGCCUGGUGGACCAAUGGCUGGGUUCAACCCGAUGCAAGGACAGAAUGUUGGUGGAUGGGGUCACUCGGACGCCCAGAAUAAGGAUGAUCGUGGCCGUGAAUACCCUCGCUCGCCGCCCACUGGAUAUCGUCGUCGUUCUCGCUCUCCUGGCUGGGAUAGACGCCGUACUGCUUCGCCUCCUCGCCGUCGUGACAGCCCUGUUUAUGGAGAAUAUGGUGAAUCACCUGGUCGUCGUGGAGACCCGCGUGAUGUACGCGGUCGCCGUGGUAAUGAGUAUCGCCAACGUAGCCCUCCUGGUGGUCGUGGUGGUAGACGUCGCUCGCCUUCGCCUGCUCGUAACAAGGAUCCUAACUUGCCUCCCCCUGGACCCAAGUUCAUUGAAUGGGACUAUUCGAUUGGUCAGGGUAUGAUCAAAGUCUUGAGCCGAACUCUUUUCGUUGGUGGUGUCACCUCCUCUGAGGCUCACCUGCGUCAGCUCUUUGGUCAGUUUGGCAUUGUUCAAACUUGCAUUGUCAACGUGGACAAGCGCCACGCUUUUAUUAAGAUGGUUAGCCGCACCGAUGCCAUGCAGGCACGUGAUGGAAUGGAGUCUUACCGUACCGGCGAGAUGCAACUCAGGACUCGUUGGGGUGUUGGCUUUGGUCCCCGUGACUGCAGCGACUACCAAACUGGAGUUAGCAUAAUUCCAAUUGAGCGUUUGACGGAGGCUGAUCGCAAGUGGAUGCUUUCUGCGGAGUAUGGUGGAACUGGUGGACGUCCUAUUGAAUCUGGAAUGAUUGUUGAGGAGCCCGACAUUGAAAUCGGCGCAGGUGUCUCCUCCAAGGCUAUCAGCCGUCGCAUCGCCACUGACACUGGCGGCAAGCGUGGCCCAAUUUCCACUCGCACCAACCCUAACCCCCAGGAUACUCGUUUCGGCGGUCGUCGUCCUGAGCGUGAUGGAUACGGUGGUGGUCCCCAGAUGGGUGGUGGAGAACUUGACAUGCCUAACAUGAACAACCAGGGAGCUGCACCUGCAGUUCCUUCCUAUGGUUUCAACUUUGCCAGCAUGCCCAUGCUACCUCCCGGAUUCAUGAUGGGUGGUCAGCCCGGUAUGCCCGGUGCUCAGCCUCCUUCCGGUGGUCAGGGUAACUGA